GGGGAGCGAAGGGUGAGGAGCGGUAUGAGAGAGAGACAGUGUCUUCGUAUGCUCUUCUGUCUCUCUUGUCGCCUGCCCACCGCCUCCCCGGCCUGAGGUCAUCUCAGAUCUGAUUCCAUCAAGGAUUCUCGCAAACCGUCUCUGUCCGUCCCUUCAAUUUGCUUCAUCUGAUUCCAUCAAUUGGAUAUCUUGUCUUCUCUCUUUUCGUUUGCUCUCUCGACCGGCCUGUGCUCAAACCUUUCAAGCCUGUUCUCUCUCGCGUCACGAGCCUUUCAGCUGCAUCUACCCUCGUGCUGCAGUCCACCAUGACUCGACUCUCGGCUGCCGCGGUGUGCCUCAUCUUCCUGGUGUCGGCUGCCCUGGCCGACGAUGCUUCGCGCAACGCGCUCCGCUCCAUGCGCGGCAAGAACGCUGCUGCCAAUGAUCAAGGUGCAUAGGAAUGAGACCAGAUGCCUGCACAUUACAGCCCAUCACAUCACUUGUCUGCCUGUCGUCUCUCUCUCCCUUUUUUUGUGCAGCUGCGGAUGAUCUUGUGUCCGGCCUCAGGUGGACACACAGCAUCCCUGAGCUGGACAGCAUGCCUGAGGAGCCACCCCAGCAUCGCGCCCUGUGGCCCAAGAUCAGUGCGCCCAAGAUCCCCGCGCCCAAGAUCAGCCCGCCCAAGAUCAAAAGCCCCGAUCUCGGCAAUCUGGGUAAGACAGCAGGCAAGGCUGCUGGGGCGUACUACGGAGGCGCUGCUGGAGCCGCUCUUGGCGGGGCCGUUGGGUCGAAAUUCGGCCCUGGGGGGACGGCGGCAGGGUCGGCUAUUGGCACGGCUGUUGGCGCGACAGAGGGAGCAAAGCAUGGGGGCAAAGCUGGAGAAAAGGCCGGAGACUGGGUGGAGGACCGGCUCGGCGGCUCUUUCGGGUUCAGACGUCUGAGUGACGACACGGCCGAUGCAGAGGUAGGAGGGAUGGGAGAGAGGCACUGGGCUUGCUUCAGCACUUGGUCGCAUUGCACCCCAUCUCAUUAUCUCAUUGCUGUCUGUCUGUCUGUCUGUGAGUGCAGGACGCCGCGGAUGAUCUUGUGUCCGGCCUCGAGGACAAGCACGCUGAGCAGCAUGAGGAGGAGCCACCCCAGCAUCGCGCCCUGUGGCCCAAGAUCAGUGCGCCCAAGAUCCCCGCGCCCAAGAUCAGCCCGCCCAAGAUCAAAAGCCCCGAUCUCGGCGAUCUGGGUAAGACAGCAGGCAAGGCUGCUGGGGCGUACUACGGAGGCGCUGCUGGAGCCGCUCUUGGCGGGGCCGUUGGGUCGAAAUUCGGCCCUGGGGGGACGGCGGCAGGGUCGGCUAUUGGCACGGCUGUUGGCGCGACAGAGGGAGCAAAGCAUGGGGGCAAAGCUGGAGAAAAGGCCGGAGACUGGGCGAUGGACCGGCUUGGCGGCUCCUUCGGGUACAGACGUCUGAGUGACGACAAGGCCGAUGCAGAGGUAGGAGGGAUGGGAGAGAGGCACUGGGCUUGCUUCAGCAGUUGGUGGCAUUGCACCCCAUCUCAUUGCUGUCUGUCUGUCUGUCUGUCUGUCUGUGAGUGCAGGACGCCGCGGAUGAUCUUGUGUCCGGCCUCGAGGACAAGCACGCUGAGCAGCAUGAGGAGGAGCCACCCCAGCAUCGCGCCCUGUGGCCCAAGAUCAGCGCGCCCAAGAUCAGCCCGCCCAAGAUCAAAAGCCCCGAUCUCGGCAAUCUGGGUAAGACAGCAGGCAAGGCUGCUGGGGCGUACUACGGAGGCGCUGCUGGAGCCGCUCUUGGCGGGGCCGUUGGGUCGAAAUUCGGCCCUGGGGGGACGGCGGCAGGGUCGGCUAUUGGCACGGCUGUUGGCGCGACAGAGGGCGCAAAGCAUGGGGGCCGAUUGGGAGAAAACGCCGGAAACUGGGCGGAGGACCGGCUUGGCGGCUCCUUCGGGUACUAGACUGGUAGAUGAGUGGUAGAUGCUUGCAUGGGGAGGGAUGGGCACGCGGUUUCGGCUCAUAGGAGAUGAGGUAGACUACGGGGGUUCAUGAUUGUGGCUGCCCAUGAAUGCUCUGUCUGUCUUUCCCAUUCCCGUGUAUGUGUACACCCCAUUCAUGUAUGUGCGUGUAUGUACGUGUAGAUAGGCAGGUAAGUAGGUAGAUCGGUUCGGCGCUGCCGUGCCAGUAGCGUAGGGUUCACAGAUAGAAUGGGCAAUGGGGUCGGCUGACUGGAUGCUAUUCAUGAUGACACGAGGCUGGGGCUUCGUGAAUUUCAUGAUCACAUGGAUAUAUAAGUGUACACUAGGCAGAUCAGCUGAUAGGAUAGAUGUAACAUUGUGUAUAUGCCUGUUGACGUCACCGUUUUCCUUUUCACUGUCUGUCUUGUCCCAUCGUAACGUGUGUGUAUGUGCUGCACGGGGCUGGGCUUCGUGAAUUGCGUGAUUACAUGUAUUUGCACACUACGCAUUCCCGUUGCCCUCCAUGUGUGUGUCCAUGUGUCGACAGGUAGGUAGGUGUAGAUAGCUGUGCCAGUAGAGUACGGUAAGACAGAUACAAGGGGAAUGGGCUCGACUGGCUGUCAUCUUGAUGAUGCACGAGGCUGGGGCUUCGUGGAUUGCAUGAUUACACGCAUGUGUACCCAUACAUUCUCGUUCGGUCUGGUGAGCCUACGCGUAGUGCGCCCUCUGUGUUUCCUGUCGUAUGGUUGGUCAGUUGUGGGUCUUCCACAUAUCCACAGGUGUGGCUGUCUGUCUGUCUCCUGUCUGGCUGUCUCCUGUCUGGCUGGCUGCCUGUAGUUUUCAUGUGUCUGUCGUUAAUCACUUUCAUACGCGUGUAUGUGUGGUGUGUCGUUUGGCCAAGUGGGCUGUGUGUGCCUUGUUUGUAAGUAUGUUUGCAUGAAGCACGCCUUGUUGAUAUGCGAAUUAUGACGGGAUGCAUGGAUGGAGGGAUGAGACGCAAUCAAG